GGUUAGGGGGGUGGGUAGGUAGGUAGGAGGGCGAAGCGAAGAGGGGGGGAAUUGCAGCAGGGUCCCAUGCUCCCCCCUCCCCACGGCUCCUGGCUCCCCUUCUCUCUCUCGCUCCCUUCGGCCACAUUGUUGGCUCCAGGCUGGGGGAGGAAGCGAUGCCUCGCUCAGUCGGAUGAAAAGUUUGCAUAAUGACCAUGGAAAAGGCAGCAGUAAAAAUCUAGAGCUCUUCCAAGCCCCAGGAGUCUCCGUCUAAAUGGGUCCAGUUAUGCCUCCCAGUAAGAAGCCAGAAAGCUCGGGAAUUAGUGUUUCCAGUGGAUUGAGCCAGUGUUACCGGGAUAGAGACUUAUCAAAGACGCUUCACGAUGAUGAGGACUUAGACUUUCCUUUACCUGCCCUCCGGUUGGAAAAAGGUCCCAUGGAGGAUGAAGAGCUCACCAACUUGAACUGGUUACACGAGAGCAAGAACUUGCUGAAAAGUUUCGGGGACUCGGUCUUAAGAAGUGUUAGCCCAGUACAAGACCUUGAUGACGACACCCCUCCGUCACCUGCUCACGCUGACAUGCCCUACGAUGCCAAGCAAAACCCCAACUGCAAACCGCCCUACUCCUUUAGCUGCCUCAUAUUUAUGGCCAUUGAGGAUUCUCCAACCAAACGGCUGCCUGUAAAGGAUAUAUACAACUGGAUUUUGGAACACUUUCCUUAUUUUGCAAAUGCCCCCACUGGAUGGAAAAACUCUGUGAGGCAUAAUCUGUCGUUGAAUAAGUGUUUUAAGAAGGUGGACAAAGACAGAAGUCAGAGUAUUGGGAAAGGGUCUUUAUGGUGUAUAGAUCCAGAAUAUAGACAAAAUCUUAUCCAGGCUUUGAAAAAGACCCCCUAUCACCCAUAUUCGCAUGUGUUCAGCACCCCUCCAGCGUCUCCUCAGGCAUAUCAAAGCACAUCAGGUCCACCUAUUUGGCCAGGAAGCACCUUUUUCAAGCGAAAUGGAGCCCUUCUGCAAGAUCCUGACAUUGAUGCUGCCACUGCCAUGAUGCUUUUGAAUACUCCCCCUGAGAUACAAGCAGGUUUUCCUCCCGGAGUUAUCCAAAAUGGAGCUCGCAUUCUGAGUAGAGGAAUCUUCCCAGGAGUCAGGCCACUGCCAAUAAACCCAAUCGGAAGCAUGGCUGCUGCAGUAAGGAAUGGAAUCUCAAACUGCCGGAUGCGGACAGACAGCGAGCAGUCCUGCGGCUCCCCGGUGGUGAGCGGCGACCCAAAGGAGGACCACAACUAUAGCAGUGCCAAAUCUUCCAACCACCGGAGCACGUCGCCCACGAGUGACUCCAUUUCCUCUUCCUCCGCCGACGACCAUUACGAGUUUGUCACUAAAGGCAGCCGGGACAGUAGCGAGGGCAGCGAGGUCAGCUUCCACAGCCACGAGAGCCAUAGCGAAGCGGAAGAGGAGGACAAAAGGCAGAGCCGGAAAGAGACCAAGGAUUCUUUAGCUGAUAGCGGCUACGCCUCUCAGCACAAGAAACGUCAGCAUUUGCUGAAGGCAAAAAAAGUACCGAGUGACACGCUGCCUCUUAAAAAGAGGCGUACGGAGAAACCCCCCGAGAGCGACGACGAGGAGAUGAAAGAAGCGGCCGGAUCGCUCCUGCACUUGGCGGGAAUACGGUCUUGUUUGAACAACAUCACCAAUCGGACGGCAAAGGGGCAGAAAGAGCAAAAGGACACCACGAAAAACGAGAACAAAUCCAUUGACUGAACUUAUAAAACAAUUUCGUUUCAGCACGUCAGGAAAAAAAAGUGAUGAAGCAAUCAAAAGACCAAUAAGUACAAUAUCAAUGCUUUAGGGUCAUGAGACCUUCAUUGGCCAAUAGAUUAAUUUAGUACAGCAAUAAGCCAUUUUUUCCUCUCUUUUUUGUUUCUGUUUUUUAAUUCCUUUUUUGUUUUUGUUUUUAAUGCUGUACUAGGUAAAUGGAACUGCCAGUUUCAUUGACAUAAAAUGAGAACUGUGAUGGGGGGCAUAAACAGUGAUGUUAAGUUGUAUUUGUGUUUACCUAAAUGAGCAGUCGAAAGGCAAGUGCAAUCAGCCAGAAAUACAAGGAAAAAAACGUUGAUCUAGAGGCAUACUUGCAUUUUACGUUUCUUGAUGUGUAAUCAUAUUGCCAAAGACAAACUCUUUCAUCAGUUAUUAUUGUAAAUAACACUUUCCCAAAACCUACCAUAAAGUUUCUGUGAUGUAUUGUCUUCCAGUUGCAAUAAAAAUUACUGAGUUGCAUCAAUUGAAUAAUUGCA